AUGAUCCAAGGCAUUUUUUUUGCCGUAUUUCUUCCUCAAAAAGGUACGAAAGUUGUAUACCAGAGUCCUGCAUGUUCAAUUACUCCUGAGAUCGGCGUUGAAAAGGCUUGCCUGCUAGACUUUGAAGCGAUUGCCGAGUUUGUCAUUCCGAGACAAGUGUUUUGUAAUCGCUACAUCACUGUUUGCGAUCCGAGUAAUAAGUAUCGCAUACUCGGCCAUCCCGUCUGCAUUCAGAACCAAAAGUACGUACGCAAUGAGUUUAUAUUCAACUUCUGUAUCGUUAUCAAGACGGACACAGAUCCAUUACCGUAUGAAACAGUGGUACGUCGGUUGGCGGGCACUUUUACGGAGAUGGAAAUCCAGAAACAAUUUCUAAGUGAAGAGGUAAAGGAAGAGAGCCUGCAAAACACACGAGGCCGACAUUCAAUCGCUGCGUUGCUUGAAAUUAUUAAAGAAGAUUUGAAUAAUUAUCAUGAAUGCAUGAUACCCGCCGAUGAUGCCAACACCAUAAACAUGAAAUUAUUCCCGGUUCGACGGCCUCCUCCACCGGUGAAAUCCUGGCAUGUUCCAGUGCUAAAGAUCCACCUCUCAAAAUAUAUGGACGAUACAUGGGAUCUCACACUGGUCAAGGUGAUCAAUUUUAUUGAUGGUAUCCGCGAUGUCAGACGCAUCUCUUAUGACGCAGACGUAUGCAUAUAUUUGGCAAAAGUAGCCCUCCAACACCUUCUUUAUUAUGACGCAAUUCUUCUAUUAGAUAUAUUCUUUUUCAGUAAUAUCUACGCCCCUAAUCCGCACAUUCGAGGGUUUAUAACCAAUGAAGAUCAGAUGCAAGAAGAGUGUAGUAACUAUGUCUGCAUAAACGGGCCUAUGGUAGAUAAUUUUUAUCUAAGCCGCUUAUAUACCUCUCUCGCGCCCGGCAGGACACUAAUUGCGUGGCUCAAACUUCAUAGAGACGAUGGACUAGAAGUAUUGGACCAUAUUGAUGUUCGUCGCUUUAUUCAAUUCGGAAUAAUAAAGGGGUUCCUUUACCGUAUCCAUACCUACGCUUUAUCAUCUCAGAUUAGUAUCUCACCUACUACCAAGGAUACUGUGAGUGAUACAAGUAAGAGUGAUGAUCUAGUGAAUUAUGCAGAUGGCUGCCACUGUUUUGACCAAAUCAUAGUUGAGAAGAACCUAUCACAGACUCAAAUUAUGGAGCAAUUACUUGCUAUAGCUAAUGUGGAUGUAGAAAUAAUCUACCGGUAA